UCCAUUCUUCCUCCCUCCUCACAACAUGGCGGCCUAACGCAGCGCAGCGCCCGAGCCCGCGACGCACCGUGGAUUUACCCCGCGCACGAGCCGCGCAGGAGCCGCUCAGCCCCGCGAGACCAGCCCCGAACCCCCCCGCCGGAACCGGGCCGGGGCGUGGACCGCAGCCCGGCCGCUCCGGAGCCGAGCCCCCGCCGCGCGCGGCCCGAGGAACCGAAGACAAGAGCCGCGCGCCCUGCUCCGUCCCGCGGCCCCCUCCUCCUCCGCCGAUCCCGGGGUGUGGAGCCGAGCGGAGCCGAGGCAGAGCGGGGCCGAACCGCGCCGGACCGGACCGAGGCGCGCUCCUGCCGCCGCCGCCGCCGCCCGCCGCGCCUCUGCGCGCGCCCCCCGGAGUUCGGAUCCGCGCGGAUCAGUGCGAGCGAAUGACUGAGUGAGACUCCGCCUCCUCCAGGGCAGGAUGGGUGAGAGCGCCCUCCUCCUGCUGCUGCUGCUGCUGCAGGGGGCCACGGCUCAAGACCCCAACUCAGACUCAGGUCCGUCUGUCGCCUCCACAGCGCCUCCUGACUCCGCCCCCUUCGUCACGGAUGUCACUCUGGCUCCUCCCACUCCCACAGCCCCGCCCACCUCGCCCCCUCUGACCACGCCCACCGGCACCACGGCCACGCCCACCGCCGCCCCCCCUCCGGACCCCCCCUCCCCCACCCAGAACGACUCUACGUGGAGCAGCCCUCCCCUGCCCCUCCGCCCGCCCCGACCCCGGCGCCCGCCCCGACCCCGGCGCCCGCCCCGACCCCGGCGCCUAACCCCGCCCCCGACCCCGACCCGGGCACCCCGGGGCCCCCCCAGGUCACAGGGAGCACCCCCGCCCACCACAGACCCGCCCCCCUCGGCCCCGCCCACCACCGACCCGGACGACGAGGGCGACGUGUACUUCACCAUCGAGGCCGAGACCACGCCCAUCCCCGGGCCUGAGUUCACCUCACACACCACGCCCCACGAUGAAGACUCUUCGGAGGACGUCCCGAUCAUCGCUGUGAUGGUCGCUCUGUCCUCGCUCCUCGUCAUCAUCUUCAUCAUCAUCAUCCUCUACAUGCUCAGGUUUAAAAAGUACAAGCAGGCGGGCAGUCACUCCAACUCCUUCAGAAAAAGUAACGGACGCUCCGAGGACACCGAGCUGCAGAGUGUGCCGCUAUUGGCCCGUUCGCCGAGCACAAACAGGAAGUACCCGCCCCUUCCUGUCGACAAACUGGAGGAGGAAAUGAACCGACGCAUGGCCGACGACAACAAGCUCUUCAGAGAGGAGUUUAACGCCCUCCCUGUGUGUCCGAUCCAGGCGUCGUGUGACGCUGCGUCAAAAGAGGAAAAUAAAGAGAAGAACAGAUACGUGAACAUCCUCCCCUAUGACCACUCCAGGGUGCACCUGUCUCUGUUGGAGGGCGUCCCCGACUCAGACUUCAUCAACGCCUCCUUCAUCAACGGUUAUCAGGAGAAGAACAAGUUCAUCGCAGCUCAAGGGCCGAAGGAGGAGACAGUGAACGAUUUCUGGAGAAUGAUCUGGGAACAAAACACAGCGACGAUCGUCAUGGUGACCAACCUGAAAGAAAGAAAAGAGUGUAAGUGUGCGCAGUACUGGCCGGACCAGGGCUGUUGGACGUACGGCAGCAUCAGAGUCUCUGUGGAGGACACCACUGUGUUAGUGGAUUACACAGUACGCAAGUUCUGUAUACAACAGGUGGGAGAUGUUUCAGGGAAGAAGCCUCAGCGGCUCUUGACUCAGUUCCACUUCACGUCGUGGCCGGACUUCGGGGUUCCCUUCACCCCCAUCGGGAUGCUCAAGUUCCUCAAGAAAGUCAAGAACUGUAACCCCCCGUACGCCGGGCCCAUCGUGGUCCACUGCAGUGCUGGUGUCGGUCGCACUGGGACGUUCAUCGUGAUCGACGCCAUGUUGGACAUGAUGAUGUCAGAGAGAAAAGUCGACGUGUUUGGGUUCGUGACCCGGAUCAGAGCCCAGAGGUGCCAGAUGGUCCAGACCGACAUGCAGUACGUCUUCAUCUUCCAGGCUCUCCUCGAACAUUAUCUCUACGGCGACACGGAGCUGGAGGUGACGUCACUCGAGUCGCACCUGUCAAAGCUCUACGCACCUGCGCCAGGUGCAGGCUGCAGCGGGCUGGAGGCGGAGUUUAAGAAGUUGACGUCCAUAAAGAUCCAGAACGAUAAGAUGAGGACGGGGAACCUCCCAGCGAACAUGAAGAAGAACAGAGUCCUGCAGAUCAUCCCCUAUGAGUUUAAUCGUGUGAUUAUUCCAGUGAAACGAGGAGAAGAAAACACCGACUACGUCAACGCCUCCUUCAUCGACGGUUACAGGCAGAAGGACUCGUACGUGUGCUCGCAGGGGCCUCUGCUUCACACGCUGGAGAAUUUCUGGAGGAUGAUCUGGGAGUGGAGGAGCUGCUCCAUCGUCAUGUUGACGGAGCUCGAGGAGAGAGGACAGGAGAAGUGUGCUCAGUACUGGCCUGGCGAUGGCGCUGUGGUGCACGGAGACAUUUCCAUCGAACUGAAGAGAGAAGAAGAAAGUGAGAGUUACACAGUCCGAGACCUGCUGGUCACACACACCAGAGAGAACAAGACUCGCUCGGUGCGUCAGUUUCAUUUUCACGGUUGGCCAGAGAUCGGAAUCCCCACCGACGGAAAAGGAAUGAUCAACAUCAUCGCCGCCGUCCAGAAACAACAGCAGCAGAGCGGAAACCACCCCAUCACUGUACACUGCAGCGCUGGAGCUGGUAGAACCGGGACGUUCUGCGCCCUCAGCACGGUUCUGGAGCGAGUGAAGGCAGAGGGAAUCCUGGACGUGUUUCAGACGGUGAAGAGCCUCAGACUCCAGAGGCCACACAUGGUGCAGACACUGGAGCAGUACGAGUUCUGCUACAAAGUGGUUCAGGAAUACAUCGAUGCCUUCUCCGACUACGCCAACUUCAAAUAGUACUACACUCCAGAGUACUACGAAGUAUUUCAGAUACUUCACAUAGUGCUACACCCAGAGUACUGCAAAGUAUUUCAGAGUAUUCCACAGAUACUUCAGAUUUUACUACAGUCGAACUUCAGUGGGACCCGACGUUCACUGGACCCUCCUCUGUGGGCCUCCCCCAAGUCCGGACCGGCCGGGGUCUAGACCAGGACCCAGACCGGGACCCAGACCAGGGCUCAAAAUCUGCAGCAAGACCAAGACCGUAAACCGGGUCCAAAGUCUGGGUCUAAACCAGGCUCGAAACCAGGACUCAAAUCUGAAUCAGAACCAAGACCAAGGACUUAAACCAGGUCUAAGUCCAGGGUUAAAACCAGGAUUUAAACCCUGAUCUAAACCAGGACUUGUACCUGGAUCAGAACCAAGAUUGUAAACCAGGUCCAAAGUCCAGGUCUAAACUAGGACCAAAACCAGGACUCAAACUGGGGUCAGAACCAAGACCAACAACUUAAACCAGUUCCAAAGUCCAGAUCUAAACCAGGACUCAAAUCUGGGCCAGA